AACUGGAACGUGGGAGCCAUGGAUGUUGCAAAUUGCAAAACACAACAAAUAUUUUUUUGAUCAUUUUGCCAGAUUCUCGUCCUAUUUUUUUUAUUUUCUCCCGCCUUUUGCACCAGUUCAACAGCUCUGUUAUGGCUCAUCGAUUAGUCUCUCAUCACCGAGCAUUUUUCUCACCAAGACACCUUGCUGGUGUUUCACAGUACAUCUCAACAACAGCAGCAAGGAAUUAUGAAGUGAAGGACUACUUUGAGUUCACUGAGAAAGUUUUGAAGUCUAAAAAACCUGUUCUGGUUGAUUUUCAUGCAACAUGGUGUGGUCCAUGUAAACAGCUAGCCCCUAAAUUGGAUUCACUUAUUGAUAUGAAGGAUGGUGCUGUAGAACUUGCUAAGGUUGAUAUUGAUGAGAAUGCUGAAUUAGCUAUGAAUUAUGGGGUUACAGCUGUACCGACUGUUCUUGGAGUUCGGGAUGGCAAAGUUGUUGACAGAUUAGUUGGCCUGGGCAAUGAUGAACAGCUAGAAAAUCUUGUGGCUAAAAUCACUAAUGGUGACUGACUACUAGCCAAGUUUUGAUGCCCAAUUGUGUAAAGUUUGUAAGUGAUAUAUCAAAUAUAUAAAUAAUAGACAAUUGUGCAAAUGAAAUUUUUACUA